AUGUUCAUCCUAUGCUCUGCCGGUCAUGCUGCCGCUCAAGGAAAAUCCACCAACACCGCGGUUUCGCAAACGCCGAAAAAGACUUUGUGGCAAAAAGUCAAGGACGAGGCCGUGCAUUAUUGGCAUGGCACCAAGUUGUUGGGGAUGGAAAUUCGCAUUUCUUCAAAACUGCUAAAGAAAUUACUACGUGGAAAGAGCCUUACACGAAGAGAAGCAAGACAGCUUCGACGUACCACAUCUGACAUAUUACGUCUGGUUCCUUUUGCUGUAUUUGUACUUGUUCCAUUUAUGGAAUUAUUACUUCCCGUUGCCUUGAAACUAUUCCCCAAUAUGCUUCCCAGCACUUUUGUGAACAAAUCCCGCGAGGAGGAGAAGAAGCGCAAGUUACUCAAGGUGCGCUUGGAAAUGGCUCGAUUUUUGCAAGAAACGAUUGCAGAAUCUGGAUUCCCCGGAUCGGAUUCUGAAAAGGCGGCCAAGGAAUUUGCCGACUUUUUCAGAAAGAUCCGUAUCACUGGUGAGCAAGCAACCACCAAAGAUUUACUCAAUGUAGCGAAGCGGUUCGAAGACGAGCUGACCCUCGAUAACUUAUCGCGACCCCAGUUGGUAUCCAUGUGCCGUUACAUGAAUAUCAAUGCCUUUGGCACCGACAAUUUCCUUCGAUUCCAAAUCCGGAACCGUAUGCGACAGAUCAAGGCCGAUGAUCGCGCAAUCCAAGCGGAAGGUAUUGAAGCAAUGACAUUGCAGGAAAUCAACGUUGCGUGUGCUGCUCGUGGUAUACGAACCAUCGGAACGUCCUCCGACCGUUUGCGCGAUGAAUUGGCUCAGUGGCUGGAUCUUCACUUGAAUCACCACGUUCCCUCUACGUUGCUCAUCUUGUCAAGAGCAUUCAGCUUUACCGAUCACAUGACGACCGAAGAAGCCUUGCGUGCCACUUUCAACAGUUUGCCGGAUAAUUUGGUGAAUGAGACCGAGCUUCAGGUUCUGGAACUCGUGGGCGCCACCACGUACAAACAGAAGAUGGACGUAUUGGAACAACAGCAAGAAUUGAUCGAUGACGAAUCCGAACAGGAAGAAAAGGAAGAACAGGCAAGACGAGAUGCUGAAGAAGCCGAAAAGCAGCGUAUGGAACAAGAAACGCGAGAUAAGGAAGCAGCAGCAAGAGACGUCUUUGCACCUGAUGAAAAGCAACAGGAGCUGCAUGAAGCUUUGGAUAAAUUGCAAUCCAAGGUAGAUGUGUUGGAAGAACGGGCUCAAUUGAACGAGAUCAAAUUCCACCAUGAGGAUUAUAAAGACCUUAUUGAACAGCUGAAGGAAGCAACGCAUCGUGAUGCGGACAAGGCAACCAUGCGACUUGGCAAGAAGCUUGAAAAGAUGCUUGUUGAUAUUGACGAGGAACUAGAUGCUAUAGAAAAGGAACAGAAAGAAAAAGAUCAACAGGCAGAAGAAACCACCAAGACCAAGGAACAGAAAUCCAGCUCAUCAUAG